GAGGAGAGCGGAAGGAGCGCUGCUGCUGCUGCUGCUGCGGGGAGUGAGGAGUGAGGAGCACGGAGGAGUCUCCAGAAGAGCCCAGCGCAGAGAGAGAGCUGCUGCUGCUGCCGCCGCUGCAACAGCUACAGUUACUGUCUGUAACACUUAGUUACACUCAGCUCUAGCGGACGGAGCGCGCGAGGGCAAAGCUGAGGGUUUCUCACUUACUCUGAACUUUUCUGCUCACUUUUAAAGCGCGUCAGGAGUUUUUAAACUCGGGUAAUUCUCGGCUGCGGAUUGGCUGAGAGGGAAAACGCACGGAAAUGCACUUUUUCACGAUUUGGGGAGUUUAAACGUGUGUACAGCUCGAGCUCGAGCUCGUGGACGUGGUGGACGUUGUGGAGCGGGACAGUCAGUGAUGGAGAGGCACGCGAAGUGAACCCCUGAAGAUUGGAGACAUUAUUAUUAUUAAUAUCAAUUUUAACCGCUGAAGUUGUUAUUAUAAAGUCUGCGCGGGCUCCACGAUAGCUCCGCUGCGCUCCGUGCUUGCGCCCUGAUGUCAUGGGGUGAUCGGACGGACCGGCUGCGUCUCGCGCUCUAAAGGUUUGUGAUGCCGUCCCGGGCCCGCGUGCUCCUCGCGCUGCUCCCCGCGCUGCUCCUCGCGCUCGCGCUCGUGCCGCUGGCCCGCGCGUGCCAGGGCUUGACUGCCAGCGGCUGCAACUGCGCGGAUGAGCGCGCGAAGGGCUCCGGGAGCCGCAGGAGAGUGAGCUGCACCGGGAGGGAACUGACUGAGCCGCCCGGAGCGAGCGCGCUGCCCAACAAGACCUCCAGCUUGAACCUGAGUAACAACCGCAUCCGUGUGCUAAGAAACGGCUCCUUCGCCGGCUUGUACUCGCUGGAAAAACUGGACCUCAGGAACAACUUGAUCAGCACCAUAAUGCCCGGAGCCUUUCAGAGUCUGACAUCACUGCGGAAACUAGACCUGUCCAACAAUCGGAUUGGCUGCCUGACUCCAGACAUGUUCCAGGGACUUAUCAACCUAACCAGAUUGAACAUCUCAGGCAACAUCUUCUCCUCACUGGAGUCAAACAUCUUCCAAGAGCUUCCCUCCUUAAAGCUGGUCAACUUUCAGUCCGAGUUUUUGUCCUGCGACUGUGGCCUGCAGUGGGUGCCGGGUUUCUUCCGUACCAGCUCUGCUCGCCUCGGAGACGAGACCUUCUGCGCAUAUCCGAGGAGGUUCCAGAACAGGCUGCUGCGAGAGCUGCAAGAAAGUGACCUGAGCUGUGAAGGCCCUUUGGAGCUGCACACACUAUCUCUGUUGCCCUCCCUGCGUCAAGUUGUGUUCAAAGGUGAUAGGCUGCCCUUCCACUGUACUGCUGCUCUGAUGGAUAAAAAUACCACACUGCACUGGUUCCAUAAACGCAAACUGGUCACCAAUAACCCUGAGAACGGAGUUCAUCUAGAGGAAAGUGUGCUACACGACUGCACCUUCAUCACCAGUGAGCUGAUUCUAUCAAACAUGAACGUUGAUGCCAGCGGUGAAUGGGAGUGUGUGGUAUCCACGAGCCGAGGGAACGCCUCACGCAGUGUAGAGAUUGUGGUUUUGGAGAACAGCGCCACCUUCUGCCCUGAACAAAGAGUGACCAAUAACAGAGGAGAGUUCAGGUGGCCAAGAACUCUGGCUGGAAUUACUUCAUAUCAGUACUGCCUGCAGCUGCGCUAUCCAUCCGUGGCUGUAGGGGGCGGUGUGGAGCAGAAAAGGGCAUCUCGCUACUGUGAUCGCUCUGGACGCUGGGAGGAAGGAGACUACUCUCAGUGCCUCUACACCAAUGACAUCACCAAUGUUCUCCAUACUUUCAUACUGAUGCCAAUCAAUGCCUCCAAUGCAGUGACACUGGCACAUCAGGUGAGGUCAUACACGCUGGAGGCAGCAGGCUUCACAGAUACGGUGGACAUUCUCUAUGUGGCACAGAUGAUGCAGAAGUUCAUGGACUACGCCACACAACUACGUGAGCUGUCAGAAGUACUGGUGGAAAUGGGCAGCAACCUGAUGCAGGUGGAUGAUCAGAUCUUAUCCCGAGCUCAGAGGGAGGAGAGAGCCUGUAGCUCCAUCGUUCACUCUCUGGAGACCCUGGCCUGGCCUCAACUUCACACCAACGCACAGGACCUCUCCAUGAUGUCUCGUAAUAUCGUAAUGGAAGCUCACUUGAUACGACCGGCUCAGUUCACCGGCAUGAGCUGCACCGCCUAUCAGAGACGAGAAAGUUCUGCACCCAGUUCUGGCUUAGAGACAACAGACUCCAACCAUGAGCAGCAGCUACGCUUCCGUUGUACCACAGGAACCCACAACACUUCACUGAACGCUUUUCCUUUGAAGAAUGCCAUAGCACUUGCUUCAGUCUCUCUUCCUCCAUCCCUCUUUCCCCCAACCGCUCCUGUCGACUGUAAACUCCAAUUUGUGGCUUUCCGCACUGGAAGAUUCUUCCCUUUCGUCGGAAACUCCAGCGGGCCGUUGGACCUCACCCGUAGACGGAGUGUCAACACGCCAGUCAUCUAUGUAGGCCUGGAUGGAUGCACCAUGUGGAAUCAGUCCGCUCCCAUCAUUGUGUCGCUGAGACACACAUCACCUGGUAGUGACCCAGUGGCUGCUCACUGGAGUCUGCAGGGCCUCAAGAAUCAUGGGAGUUGGCGUUCAGAUGGAUGUCAGUUAGCUCAAAGCGACUCCAGCACCUCUACUUUACGCUGCUCUGUGCUCAGCAACUAUGCAGUGCUUCAGGAGGUACCUGUUUUCCCAGGUUUGUCUCAAGGUCCUGUGGAGGUGCUCCACCCAGUGGUGUACACAUGCACUGCAGUACUCCUCCUCUGCCUCUUCACCAUUAUCUUCACAUACAUACUACACCACAGCUCUAUCAGUAUUACUAGGAAGAGUUGGCACACUCUCCUCAACACCUGCUUCCACAUCGCUAUGAUGACUGCGGUGUUUACUGGGGGCAUCACCCUAACCAACUACCCGGUCGUGUGCCAGGCAGUGGGCAUUGUCCUGCAUUACUCCUCUUUAUCCUCUCUGCUGUGGAUCGGUGUUAGUGCACGUGUGCUCUAUAAGGAGGCUUUAAUGCGGGCCCCACAGCCACCGGAGGGCGAGGCUGCUGUGCCGCCCACCCAGCGACCCAUGCUCAGGUUUUAUUUGAUAGCCGGAGGUGUUCCCCUCAUCAUUUGUGGAAUCACUGCAGCUGUCAACAUCAACAACUAUGGAGACAACAUUCCUUACUGCUGGUUGGUGUGGCAACCCAGUAUCGGCGCAUUCUAUGUUCCGGCCGGCCUGGUGAUUGUGGUGACCUGGAUCUACUUCCUGUGUACCGUGGCUCGCUUGAGGUGCCGUAACUCCCAGAGGGCUAAAGACGCUCCAUGCUCUGGCUCUGGCUCCACCCCCUUACCUGAGAGCCAACCAGCUCUUAGUGGCAGCACCAGCCUCCUUUCGACAGACUCUGUGGUUGGCCCAAUGCAUGCUGGUAUGGCAGUGGAGGACCAGUACUCGCUGAAAGUCCAGUUUCUUGCGCUGGUGGCUACUCAGUUUGUGUUUUUGCUUCUGUGGAGUUGUGGCGCCAUGGCGAUGUGGCACACAUCAGACAGAGAGAGGAAACUUUUCAGUUGUUUGUAUGGGGGUACAGCCAGCGGGCUGGGAAUCUUCUUGGUUUUGCAUCACUGCUUCAAACGCCUGGAUGUUCAGGCAGCCUGGCUUGGGUGCUGCCCGGGAUACCAUCGCUCGCAACCCAUUCCGACCUACAGCCACCCCUGCACUGCCACUACUGGGGUCCAGAGCACCUCGGAAAGGGGCUCGCAGCUUUUAGUGGGAUGCCAUCCUCUGGCAGAGCCCAAUAACUACUCUUCUUCUGCAAGAUCGUCCUCUACACCUAGUGGCACCAGCAGCAUUGCCACCAGCCCCUGCAAGCUCACCAACCUCCUGCAGGUGACGCAAGACAAUGCGAACAAUGCUACAUGUGCACUGGCUGGCAUUAAUACCAACACAAACACCAAUACCAGCACAAGUACGGAAAACAACACCAGCAACAGCAAGCCUGCUAACAACCUGCUUCCCAGUGUUAGCACCACACUUCCUGCUCAACAACAACAGAGGAGGAAGAGUAACAGUAGAACUAAGGCAGGGAAUACCCAGUACCACCACCGUGGUGAGAGCAGAGGACACUAUCGGCUCAAAGCCCUACGUGGAGCUGGCGGUGGUGGCAGUGUGGGUGCCCUUGGCCCGCCUGGAAUGGACCAAGUCAACAUCCAUCACCUUCACAGGCACGCCUCCAGUGAGAACGGCAGUCUCCGGAACAGUCAUUCCGAGACCCAGAAUGGACUGCUGACCAAUGGAAGGCACCGUGGGGAAGGGCUAGCAACAAGCCCUUCGGAAGGAAGUGAUGGUGGCAGCAGUGGAAGCAGGAAGCCUUUUCCACUGCUGCCCUCAGUGGCUAGUAGAGUUGCUUUGCAGCAGAACGCUCAGAGGCGCUGCGCCAGCAGGGACAACCUCAAACUGGCUGCUGCGGCUGACUCCAAACGGAGCUCAUACCCAAUGAACAUUGCUACAGCGACAGGGACUGGGGCCGUCACCGGAACAACCUCGUCAACUAUAGCUGCUGCAGCAAACGGAAAGCUGAAGGGAUCCGUAAUUGAACUGGAUACUAGUGGAACGGACCAGUCACAGGGAUCAGUUGGGAUGAGGGGUGGGAUUUGGAAGAGUGAGACCACAGUGUGAUGCUAGCAAAUGUGUGAUGCUAGGCUAUCUGGUUUUGGGGAGGUAUCCCAGGGCACAACAGGAGCCAAAAGCCUCAGUUGUGGAUUUCUCUUUUGUGACGAGUGACACAUCUGGCUUCCUCCAUGACUAGCCUCCUGCUUGUUUUAUUUUCACAAAUGUUUAGCAAUCUUUGAACAACCUGCACCUUCCUAAAAAGCACCAGAAGGUUUGCGUCAGAUAAAGAAUUCAUGUUAGAGUGAGGCUUCACAAGGGAGGUCUGGUCCUCAGUGGGCUGAGAUGAGGAAAAACGAUCAGCGUGCCUGCUUGUUUUGUUCUGUCGAAUAAGUGAAGGGAUGUAUAUGCAAAAGCUGACCCGUCCAAUUCAGUAUUUUGUGAAGAAAGAAAUGUGCAACAGUAUUGUUUUAUCUGUGAUUUUCUCUGUUGUAUGUGUUUUAUUACAGUAUUACCUUUUUAAAAAAUGAGUUUUUAAAGCUAUAGAAAGUGUUUAGAAUACCUUAAGGUAUCUUUAAGCUUAAAUUUGUUUUGUUAAAUCUUUGUUCCUAUGCAUACCGAGCUGCAUUCCAAGUUCAUUUUCAGAGAGCUAUACUUUUAUGUUUUGCUUGUUCAUCCUUUUUUAUACUUAGUGUGUGUUUGUCUUGCUUUUUUGUCUGUAAUUUAGAAAUCGUCACAGUGUGUCUGAAUGUAUGUAUGUAUGUAUGUAUGUAUGUAUGUAUGUAUGAAUGUACAGAUGUAUCAGUUGACCUUAACAGUAUUUAAGUCCAUUCAAACUCCAGCACUGAGAAGUACCUCUUGGCCUUCUCUAAUCGUUCAAACAAUAAUGCUGAAAAAAGGAGGAUUCCUGGCGAGGAGUCGUUUCCGUGCUGCAAUUUUCCGGCGAAUAGGAGUUGGCACUGGAAAAGUUGGUCUAUUUCUGCUGAUAAUGGUCUGUUCCAAAGCAGGAAGUAACCCAUUCUGUUCCAUCACUGUCCCCCCUUUUGUGAGAAAGGCCAAGACCAUGCUGACAAAUCAUGAAUCUGCCCUGCCCCCUGGUGGAUUGUUCUUGCCAUUCAUCCAGUCCAUUAGCAAUCGCUCUGGUUUGGACAAGAGCAGCUGUCACCAUAUUCCAACUACCAAAAAUGGUGAUUGUGUUGUUGCUUUAUUGAGAAUUUUGUGUGGAUAAGUGUAGUUUGUACUAUUUUAAUCAUGUAAGACAUGGUUUUCCCCAUAGCACUUGAAAAUGCCCCUCCCCUUCCCACUCCCACACUAUGUUGUGGUGGUGGCCUAAUGAAGACAAAGAAUUAAUCUUUUUAUAUAUAUAAAAUAAGUCAGUAUUAGCAGAUUCAGGGUCUUGUUUUAUUUCAGGCGUAUUAUUGGAUUGUAAUUUAUACUCUGUAUCAUCAUUGUUGAACUGAAGAUAUGUUCACUGUUAACUUUUCCACACAGACAGUAUUAUUUGGAAGGAGAUUUUUGGAGACACUUGUCAUGAAUGGACAGUUUUGGAUCUUUUAGAUCUUUCUUGACAAAGAUGAAGCCUGGAGUACAUGGAAAAAAUAGGGAUGCACAGUGAUCAGUAUUGGCAAAAAUUACAGAUGUUUACAUUUGGACGAUUCUUAAAACUCACAUUUGAUGUUGUAUUUAUUAUAUUCUGAAAGAACAUUCAGGUUAUUGAACCUGCAUUUCUAUAUUUUGUUCAUUUUACAGCAUUUGUAAUCCAAAUAAAAUAUAUUUUUUUACAUAUUUUGGUAAUGCAAAUCCAGACAGAUGGGUGCAUCCCUGAUUUUCUGAAUGUUAAAAAGCAAAUUUGGACGGUAUGUGCACAGUUGUCCUGGUGGGAACAUCUAAAACACUUUCAGACCUUCACCUUUCAGACCUCAGGAGGCCAACUAUGAGUUUUUGUUUUUUUGUAUGUGAUUAAAGAAACAGUACCCCAGUUUCAAGGGGGAAACAGUAUUAGGCACUCAGACAAUCAUUUCAUACACAGUUCCUGCACUAUGCUAACAAGUAGCCUAUAUUUUGUUAUUUAUGAUGCCAUAUGCAAUGUCCACUUUCAGCAGUGUUAUUGCAGGGUCAAACUUUCAAGAAUUCGCUGUUUAUUCAUGCCUCACAUCUUCAGUAUGUCCUAGAUUAGAACUGAUGGCUUGUCUUUAACACAUAUGUUCAGGGAUUUUUAUGCCAAAGAAGCUUCGUGUUUAAUACCUUCUUGUCACAGUAUUUGCUAAUUAUUUUCUUUGUUUGUGUUUGUCUCUACUUACACAUUAGAAAUCUCCCUAAUUUCUCUGUUCACACGGUUAACAAACAUCUGGUGUAAACUGAUCAAACGUGGAAAGUGCCAAAAACAGUUCUGAACAGGGUUUGAUGUGUUUUGCUGAGUCGCUUUGUGGUCUGAUCACUCAAAUGGCCUUGAGAAGUAGUCAGGGAAGUACAGAUAAGACUGAAUAACAUUCGUAGCAAUUGUGUCAGUGCUAAAUCUUAUAAGCUCAUCCCUAACAGCAGAAAAAAUGGCCUCCUGAUCUUAAUGCUAAAACCAAGUGUGAACAGGGCCUAAAAUGUUAAAAAGUCCCAAACGCAUAAUAAAACAAAAACUAAUAACACAUAAUGAUGCCAACAUUUCUAAAAAACAGCACUAUGUGCUCAUUACAGUGUAGUUGUGGUUCCAUUGUGUAUGUUUUUAGCAGAAUAGUGUGAGUGUAAAUGCAAGUAUUUUUACAGCAGCAGAAAUGCUCUUACAUUUUCACUGUAAUUACCCAAGACAAUCAUCAUUUCUCAAGACCAACAGGAAAUGUGAUGUUGAAAAGUUUCCCCAUCUAACUCUACAACACAUUUGUAUCUGUAUUGUUCUAACUAUUUUAUCUUGCAUAUUUGAUACCACAGGUUCAAAAGCCAUUUCGGUCAGUAUGAAUUGAGUGGACGGUUGAACUAAUAAAGUCUGUCUCCACUGUCAUCUCAAAGAUUUUAAAAAGGGAGAUUUCACAUGUUUUAUGUGUAUUUAUAUGUCACAUUGCAUUGAUUUAUUGGUUAUGGAAAUGAAGUCCCUUUUUCCAGUUUCAGUAAUAUAUUUGCUGUUAUGUUUUGUGCCUUAUCAAAUUUCUGAUGCAAAGUAAAGAAAAUAAAAGUCAAAUUAGCACCGAA